AGUGACGUCUCUCUGCACUGUGUGUGCUCAGUGAAACUACAGUACCCAGAGUGCACUGCGGGUAAACACUCAUGGAGUUUGAAGGACGAAGAGACAGAUGAUCGUGUUUGUGCGCUACAACCAGGGGCCAGGUGUGGCCGUGGAGCUGCAGGAGGAGGCCAGUGUGGCCCAGCUGAAGGAGGUGGUCGGGAGUCAGCAGGGAGUCCAGCCCGAGCACCUCAGGGUGCUGUUCGCUGGAAGGUUCUUGAGAAGCAACGCCAAGCUGCAGGAUUGUGACCUCCCAGAUCAGAGUACCAUCCAUGUUGUCCUCCCUCCAUCAGGUUCUCCAUUGUCCCAGCUGGGCCUCUUGCAGGAGAGACUGGCUCGAGGGGGGGAGGAUGAGCAGAACAGUCUGACCCGGCUGGACCUCAGCUCCUCACGCCUUCCUUCCACCUCCACUGGUCUAGCAGUGAUCCUAGAGGGGGAUGAUGGAGUUAGAGGUGCUAGAAGAGCAGAGGAGGCAAGAGAGGAGGGGCAGGCUGCAAGUUCGCGAGUUUCACGUGUCUGCAGUACUUUCUUUGUGUACUGUAAGAGCUGCAGGUCCAUUCAACCGGGAAAACUCAGAGUCCGCUGCUGCAGGUGCAAACAGACCACACUGACUCUGAGCAGGGGUCCGUCCUGUUGGGAUGAUGUCCUUUUACGAGGUCGUAUCCACGGUGUGUGUCAAACAGAAAACUGUCACGGCAACAUUGCGGAGUUCUACAUGAAGUGUGCGUCCCAUCCAACCUCAGAUGAUGACAUCUCUGUGGCCCUGGAUCUCAUUAUGAACAACAGCAGAGACGUUCCCUGCAUCGCCUGCACUGACAUCAUGGACGUGGUUCUAGUCUUCCAGUGUUUAGAGCGUCAUGUAAUCUGCCUCGACUGCUUCAGUCGAUACUGCCAGACAAGAUUGAACGAGCGACAGUUUGUCUGCCAUCCUGUGAUUGGCUACUCGCUGCCAUGUGCUGCUGGAUGCAUCGACUCUCUCAUUAAAGAGUUGCAUCAUUUCCGGAUUCUGGGGGAAGAUCAGUAUGGUCGGUACCUGACGUACGGAGCAGAAGAGUGCCUGCAAGAGAUUGGAGGACUCAUGUGCCCCUCACCUGGCUGUGGGGCGGGGCUUGUCCCAAUCGAAGGCAGCCGAAGGGUGGAGUGUGACAGACAGCUGGGAUGUGGUUUUGUUUUCUGCAAAGACUGCAGGGAGGAGUACCACGAGGGGGCGUGUCACACAGAGCCGGCACCACCUCCAGAUGAGGCAUCACAGGGUUUUGUGGUGGAAGAGGAGGCGUCCCUCAGAGGCAGGUGGGAUAGAGCCUCCCGGCUGCUGGUGCAGGAGACAACGAAACCCUGCCCUCAGUGUUCAGUUCCUGUGGAGAGAAACGGUGGCUGUAUGCACAUGCAGUGUCCUCUGUGCAAAGCAGAGUGGUGUUGGCUCUGUAGAGUCACAUGGAACAGAGAGUGUAUGGGAGACCACUGGUUUGGAUAACACACACACACACACACACACACACACACACACACACACACACACACACACACACACACACACACAUACGUUUACAGUUUCUGUCCAAAGACUCUUGGGCAGAUGUAAAGGAGCCAAUAAUCAGACCAUCAAGUCUUGCAGCUGAUGCUAGAUGAACGUUGACGAUAGAUCAAUAAGAUCAAUCAAACUAAGGUUUAAUCACGUUAAUUAUUUCGUGGUAUUUCAUAUUAUCUGGGGGGUUUUUGAGAGCUCAAAUAAGUUUUAAGGAAUCUGCAGGGGAUUGUGUGAGAUUGGUGAAAAGUAGGAUCAACAAAUGGAGCCAAUGGUUUCCAAAAUAAAAGCAACAAAAUCAGAUUUGAUUUUUUUAUAACAAUAAAAAACAAUCUGUGGACUUUUCAGUUUUAUUCAAUCAAAUGUUGACUUUCCUCACGUUGAGGCAUCACAUGCAGUUUCUGUUAAAUGUCAUAUAUUGUCGUGAUAAUGUGGUGGGUUUGAGUCUGUGUUGUUUUCUGGCACUGCACUCAAACCAGAAAACAAACUGAAAUCAAGGCUGGGCUGCAAGGCAUGAUGGAACUUUUACAGUGAAGCUCUUUGUGUUCAGCAGAGGAAUCUCACAUUUAGACACAAAGACACUCAGGAACAGAAUUCUGUUGUGCUUCCUUUUUUAACAUCAGUGAUCUGUAUUUGUAUAGAUAGUAUUUAAACAAUAAACUUGGAAAUAUUAAAACA